ACAGAAAAUUAUAUAUGUUUGAAGGUAUCUGGCAAACACAGUUGAGGAAGAAGAGGAAGAACACAAGUAUGAGAUUUUCCCGUGGGCUUUGGGAGAAGCCUGGGGACAGCUCUUCCCUUGCUUUUUGGAGCUGAGAGAUGAACUAUGGAGAAGAAUGGAUUUCAGAGCUAUUGUAAGCAGACAGUGCUGUGAAGAGGUGAUGGCCAUCGCUCCAGCACAUUAUAUAUGGCAGCGGGAACGCCCCGAGCACCACAGUGGCGCUGAGAGACGAUAUAAUCGUGAAGUCCGUCUGCCACGGGGACCUAGCGGCACUCCUCCCCACUGUUUGCUUUGUGGUAAGAGAGGAAGAUCUGUGCGAUCUUUGCUGAACAGCUCCAACUCU